AGCGGAAGUCGGGGAGCGCGCGGCCGCCGCUGUUCUGCUGGGAGCGGGCGCGGGAACCGGCGGGAGGGGGGGGGCGGAGCUGUAGUCCCGGCGGCGGAAGGAGGAGAGGAAGAAAGGGGCCAGACCGGGUGCCGGGCAGCGGCGCGAGGCUCUCGCUCGGCGUGCGGACAUCUCCAGCUAGGCGCGCGGCGUUCGAGGGUCGGUGUAGGCGCCGAGCCCUCUCCCGGGCAGCCGGUGCUGGUGCUGCUACUGCCGCCGCCGCUGCUGCUGUCGUGGGGCUCGGGCGGCGACAGAGCGGGGCCGGCCGUGGGGCGGGCGGGGAGGGAGGAGGCGGUGAAGGCGGCGGGCCGGGGGGGAAGAUGCCGCUGGCGCAGCUGGCGGACCCGUGGCAGAAGAUGGCUGUGGAGAGCCCGUCCGACAGCGCUGAGGACAUACCUUUGAACAAUUUAUGAAAAAAAGAUACUACCAGGAUGGUGAACUUUUAUAAGACUUUGCUGAUCUAAGAAUAAUUUCCUGUGACCUUUGUACAUGAAAAACUAGGACAAGGAUUAUAUCUUUAUCCUUGAAAUUUAAAAACAUUUGCCAGGACAUGUCUUGGUGUUGAUGAUCUCUGUUGAACCUUCUCAGUCUCCAGUCUCAGUAUAAUGAGUAUGAUGAAUAUCACUGUACAUAAGUCUUUAUGCACAUCUCUGAUAUUUCCUUAGGAUAAAUGAGGAGCUGAUUCUUAAUCCUGUCAUAUUGAAUGGACAGCAAAUUAUGGAUGAACCUAUGGGAGAGGAGGAGAUUAAUCCACAAACUGAAGAAGGCAGUAUCAAAGAAAUUGCAAUCACACAUCAUGUAAAGGAAGGACAUGAAAAGGCAGAUCCUUCCCAAUUUGAACUUUUAAAAGUAUUAGGGCAGGGAUCAUUUGGAAAGGUUUUUUUAGUCAAAAAAAUCUCAGGCUCUGAUGCUAGACAGCUUUAUGCCAUGAAAGUAUUGAAGAAGGCCACAUUGAAAGUUCGAGAUCGUGUUCGGACAAAAAUGGAACGUGAUAUCUUGGUAGAAGUUAAUCAUCCUUUUAUUGUCAAGUUACAUUAUGCUUUUCAAACUGAAGGGAAGUUGUAUCUUAUUUUGGAUUUUCUCAGGGGAGGAGAUUUGUUUACACGCUUAUCCAAAGAGGUGAUGUUCACAGAAGAAGAUGUCAAAUUCUACUUGGCCGAACUUGCACUUGCUUUAGACCAUCUACAUAGCCUGGGAAUAAUCUAUAGAGACUUAAAACCAGAAAACAUACUUCUUGAUGAAGAAGGUCACAUCAAGUUAACAGAUUUUGGCCUAAGUAAAGAGUCUAUUGACCAUGAAAAGAAGGCCUAUUCUUUCUGUGGAACUGUGGAAUACAUGGCUCCCGAAGUAGUUAAUCGUCGAGGUCACACUCAAAGUGCGGACUGGUGGUCUUUUGGUGUGUUAAUGUUUGAAAUGCUCACUGGUACACUACCUUUCCAAGGAAAAGAUCGAAAAGAAACAAUGACUAUGAUUCUUAAAGCCAAGCUUGGGAUGCCACAGUUUUUGAGUCCUGAAGCCCAGAGUCUUUUACGAAUGCUUUUCAAACGAAAUCCUGCGAACAGAUUGGGUGCGGGACCAGAUGGAGUUGAGGAAAUUAAAAGACAUUCAUUUUUCUCAACAAUAGACUGGAAUAAACUGUACAGAAGAGAAAUUCAUCCACCUUUUAAACCUGCAACUGGCAGGCCUGAAGAUACGUUCUAUUUUGAUCCUGAGUUUACUGCAAAAACUCCCAAAGAUUCACCUGGCAUUCCACCUAGUGCUAAUGCACAUCAGCUUUUUCGGGGAUUUAGUUUUGUUGCUAUCACCUCAGAUGAUGAAAGCCAAGCUAUGCAGACAGUUGGUGUGCAUUCAAUUGUGCAGCAGUUGCACAGAAACAGUAUUCAGUUUACCGAUGGAUAUGAAGUAAAGGAAGAUAUUGGAGUUGGCUCCUACUCUGUUUGCAAGAGAUGCAUACAUAAAGCUACAAACAUGGAAUUUGCAGUGAAGAUUAUUGAUAAAAGCAAGAGAGACCCAACAGAAGAAAUUGAAAUUCUUCUUCGUUAUGGACAGCAUCCAAACAUCAUUACUCUAAAGGAUGUAUAUGAUGAUGGAAAAUAUGUGUAUGUAGUGACAGAACUUAUGAAAGGGGGUGAAUUGCUGGAUAAAAUUCUUAGACAGAAAUUUUUCUCUGAAAGAGAGGCCAGUGCUGUCCUGUUUACUAUAACCAAAACUGUUGAAUAUCUUCACGCACAAGGGGUGGUUCACAGAGACUUGAAACCUAGCAACAUUCUUUAUGUGGAUGAAUCUGGCAAUCCAGAAUCUAUUCGAAUUUGUGAUUUUGGCUUUGCCAAACAGCUAAGAGCAGAAAACGGUCUUCUCAUGACUCCUUGUUAUACUGCAAAUUUUGUUGCACCAGAGGUUUUAAAACGACAAGGCUAUGAUGCUGCUUGUGAUAUAUGGAGUCUUGGUGUCCUCCUCUAUACAAUGCUUACUGGUUACACUCCAUUUGCAAAUGGCCCUGAUGAUACACCAGAGGAGAUAUUAGCACGGAUAGGCAGCGGAAAAUUUUCACUCAGUGGUGGUUACUGGAAUUCUGUUUCGGACACAGCAAAGGACCUGGUGUCAAAGAUGCUUCAUGUGGAUCCUCAUCAGAGACUGACUGCUGCCCUUGUGCUCAGACAUCCUUGGAUCGUCCACUGGGACCAACUGCCACAGUACCAACUAAACAGACAGGAUGCACCCCAUCUAGUCAAGGGUGCUAUGGCAGCUACAUAUUCUGCUUUAAACCGUAAUCAGUCACCAGUUUUGGAACCAGUAGGCCGCUCUACUCUUGCUCAGCGGAGAGGUAUUAAAAAAAUCACCUCCACAGCUCUGUGAAGUGACCUCAGUGAGAUAUUUGGUACCAUGGUGUAAGCUGAUAGCACAAGUUCUGGCGACAGGUAGCACAUAUCUGAGAGACACCUGCAAGCACACACUGUCCCAGCUGGUACCCAUAAUGCUGCUGCUCCUCCUGCUGCUCCUGCUUCCGUCUCUUCUCGCUUUAAAUGAUUGUUAGCAAGUUAGAUUUUCCUGGAGCUUUGGAUGAAAUGAAAAUGGAAACAUGAUGAAGACAUAUUCACUGAAUCAACAAGAAUAAUGAACAUACGAAUACCACCUAAAAAUACACUGAAUAAAGUACUCUACACCAUAUAGCAUUAUUUUUAUAGGAAAUAUUUCAUGUCCCUGAAAUAUUCUUUGUUAGUUAUAGGGAUGGACAGUUUAUGUUAAGCACUUAGCUUAAACAAUCCGUUUCUAUUAGCACUGUAUCCCUUGUGCCAUCCAACAUUUUGUAUGUUUUUGUAAACAGUUCAUAUACAGUACAUUUCUGUACUGCUUUCUUUAAUGUAUACAUGCUUUGUUUAACUUGGAAUCUAUUAUUAUUAAUCAAUUGACUAUUAAAUCUGGUUAAAUAGUUCACCUGGAUUAACAGUAUUGUUGGACAGCCCUAAAAAUGGCCAGAUUGUGGAACAGCUGUUGAAUGUAAUACUUCCAAAAUGUACAUAUAUUUCCCCAUGUCUGUUUCACUGGUUCGUUCAUUUGUUUGUUUCUUAAAGUCAGGUGCUUUGUCAGACUAACCUAGAGAGCUGUUAUGGUAGAGAAAGUUAUCACGUGUGUGUGGCAUGACAUCAAGAGUACACCUAUGAAGUUAGUCCAUAUGCGUUGCAACUCCUUAGGGUUCUUUUUUCCUUAAUUAAGGAGGUAGUUCUUGCACUUUUGAUCUUGAAUAGUAUCCAUAUUUAGUAUUUGGCAUAUAAUUUGGGAUUUUGCCAAUAUACAUCAAAGGCCUUUAAGAGUUCUGGUGAAGAGAUUGGUGAAGGAAAAUUUAACAACAGGUCAUUCAAGUCCCAUUAGAUCUUUCAUGUUUAAAUAGAUCAAAUUGCAGAAUUUAGCAUAUGAAUAACAGGAUACCUGUUCUUGUAUACCUGCAAGAAAAGUAUGCUUUUUGGAAAAAAGGUAAAUCAUAAUGAGUUCUAUCCCAUUACGAUGCUCUAUAUUAAACACUAAUUUGAAUGUAAUAAAGGCCACCAGCCUCUCUAUGAAAUUGGAUUUACACUUUCUUAUUCGAGGGAAUAAAACAUUCUUGAUCAAACAGUAUUUGUUCUCACCUGAAAUUAUAGCUCAAGUAGGCUAAGUGAAUGUUCACCAUUGAGUGUUUUCUGAAUUCCUUCUGAUGACUUAUGGCCAUAUAAUGCUUCCUUUAAUUUCAGAAAUGAUCAGCUUUCAUAGUGGUUACUGGGUCUGCUUAGAUUACAGUAUUCAUUGUCUACAUCUAAUUUGGGUAGUUUCCACAAUCCUGUUUGAUUAAAGAAACUUUUGUAUCCAUUAUUACCUGUAUUUUGGUUAAGCUGCCUAGCGUACAUCAAUAUGUAAUAUGAAAAACAUGAACUAGGAAAAGUGAUUAAACUUAACCUCAUCAAGAAUGUGCCCAACAGAUCUCUUAGCCAUGUACUGAGCCAUUUACAUCAGAAGUCUUUUUACCUGCCCAAAGCUUUAAAUCUUUCUUUGAGAGUACAAAGCCAAGAAAGUGUAGUUUAGUUAAAUGUCUUAGAAGCCACUUACUAUUACUUUAAGUUCUCCUCCACACAGCUAAAGAGAAAGGGAAAAUCUGUAACAUUCAUUUUGCUUAAGUGACACAAAAUGAUUAUGCAUAGAAAUCAAAUGUAAGUUUAUCUUCUAAAUUUAAAAAAAAUGUACAGUAAGAGGGAUUCAGAAGAUCUAGAUGGAGAAAGUUUUUUAAAAUUCUUGAGUAUAUAAAUGCUGACUAUCAAAAACUGCUUCCCAUUGCCCAGAAAGAAAUUUUUUUCUUUCUUUCUCUCUCUCUCUAUUCAGUGUUUCAAACCACACCCAUCCCAAAUCUUGUCGCUUUUAAAAUGUUAGUGUAACUCUAGGCCAAAAAAAAAAAAAAAGAAGAAGACAUUUCCAAAUUUUGGACACCAAUGCUAUUCCAUAAGUGCUUAGGUGUGUUGUCCAUCGUAGUCUUAGAACCAGAAGUAAAUGUGUAAAUCCUUAUAAAUUAUCUAGUUCAACAUUCUCAUAUUGCAUGUAAAGUAACUAAGACUCAAAACAAAGACUAGAAUCCUUAACUUCUUACUCAGUUUUUUUUCCCCUCAUAACACCAUGCUACCUUCCCUUCAUAUUAUCACCCAACCAGGAGCAGAGUUAUUAAAAAAAAAAAGUAUUUCUUGGGACAUUACUCCACUGGUAGAUGAAUGGCAAGUUUAUUGCUUUCAAAGAUAAUGCCUUCUUCGCCUACUUCAACUGCCAGUUUUAUUGGAGAAAAGCAAGUCAUGUGUUCACAAAACUGAAGGCUUUUGCCUAAAAUGCAGUUCAUGAGCUUGAUUUAUUUCAUCUGUGGUCCUGGUGUUUCUAUUGCCUUUGAUUUACAGCAGACAGCUCUAAAUGUAAUGCUUGCCCUGGGUUUACUUUUCUAUUAAUUACUGAGUCCAGUUCCUCUGGGCCCUUAACCAGUUAGUUCUCCUAGUUACCAGGGCUUCUCCCAGAAGGUUUUAGUUUAGUCUUAAAGAUUAUUUCAGUGUGAAAGAAGGAACUAAACCAUCAGGCCACUUUUACAAACUUCCUCUUAGCCUAUAAUCCAAAAUAAUAUCUAGAAUGGUAGAUUGCAUUUAACUUUUCCAAGCGUAUGCUGAAAAAUAUGGAUUACGCUACCACGUGUUUUGUAUCUUCCCUUUCAAGUGAUGAUGUUAAGGUAAGUUUUGUCCUUUUAAUUUUUUAUGUAAGUCAUUUCAACUCCUAAUUUAUAGAGAUGUCUUUUUUCCUAAGUACAGUAGACCUUUAACUUUCAUUUAUUCACAAGCAACCCCAAAAGUCCAAAAAUGUAAUAUUUUGACAAGGCACAGAAUCAAGAUGCUGCAAGGCUGAUGUGUGGGGAAAGUCACUUAGGGUCUGGAGGGGGUGUGGUGUGUAUGCAGUAGAGAUUCACAUUUCACUGUGGUAGGCUGCAAAGUAUGGAUUUGGAUCAACCAUUUCCCACCUAAUUUUAAGAAGUGGGGACAUUAUGAGAGGUGGGGCUGGCCUGUUUGCUGUGCCCUGCACCCUCAGUCCAGGAAAGAUUUGAAGAGGGAGAAGGGUGCAAAGGCUUCAUGAGUAAGAGAAUGGAUUGGGUUGGAAAGGGACUGGGGUGGGUCCAGCCUGGGAUGAGAGCAGAAAAACAUCCAAGAUUUGGGAGCCUUUGUACAGAUGUACUUAAUCACCAUGGAGGUCAGCAAUACAUAUCUCGACAUGGCUUUGAUAGUCUCUACUUCCCGGCCUUUAUAAAUGACUGAAAAAUACUCAGCUUGCUUUACCGUAUUUUAUAGAUAAAAUUCUCAUGGUGGUAUCGAGGAUUUAUGAGAUUUUUGAAGGCAUUAGGACAGGUAUCUCAGGAAUGUAAAGAGUUAGAAAAGGUCUGUUUUCUGUGCUUAAGAAAUAUGAUGGGUUCCAUGGUUGACCCUUGGUGCUUAAACCAAGGGGUUCCAAUCUAGUCAUAGAGUUCUGUCUCUCUGAAAAGUCCAGCUCCAUGUGACUCACACUAGAUGUAUACAUUGAGUUUUAUUUAAUUCACAGAUAAGUUGACUUAACUCAUUAUUUAUAUUUCAAUUAGUGAAAAUAGUCCUCUUUUCGCCUCCAGAUUGCUUACAUUUUGCUGGUUUCCCCAAGUGACCAUUGGUGGAGACCAAUUAAAGAAGGAAUGAAAUUUGCUUUCUUGGGACUGUGGUAUUCUACAGAGCCAUGCUUAACCACUUUUUCUAGUGAAGAAUCUACAGAAUGAUAAUACCUAAAUAUGGAUGGCCAAGAAGAAUUUGUAUCUACAGUGUGCUUUAUGUACUUCUGACACUGCUGUAUUUUGUGUGGUCAAGUGACUUGUAACUGGUUCCAGUGUGACUGAGUGUUCUCAAUUCUAGUAAUGAAGUCAAGUUAAUUUUCUUAAGCCGUGUAUUACUAUCAGUCUCACAUUUACCACUUUAUUCUAGUCUUUUAACUGUUCAUACAGGGCAUAGCAAGGGUUGGGAUGAGAGUCUACUUCCUACCUCUUAAGGCACUUUCCUCAUUAUUUUGCCAUAUAACCUUGAAGUGCAUGAUAAGCUGUUUAAAUAUCCAUGACUUCUCCCAGAGCAACUAGCAAAGUAUAUGACAUUGAAUAGAGAUUAGUGAAAAGGAAAAUUUAGAGACUUAAGUUCAGAGAUGCAGACCUCAAGAAAACCUCUUCUAGAGCACAUACCAUUUGAGUACAAUAUGUGUAAACACACGUGAGAGGAGAGUCUCCGUAAUAGUCUAAGUAGAUUAGUUCAAUAUCUAAUGAAAGUGAAAAUUUUUACUCCUAGUAUCACUAUAGUACUGAAUGAGCUGUAUACUGAGUUUUUCAAACAAGUAUGUAAGUAGAACUUUUAAAUACAAAGCAAGGGCAUAAGGAUAAAGGUUUUGGUUUGUGUAUCUAGUUUAUCAUCUAAAACAUUUUUUAAAUUUGCCAUUCCUUAGCAUCCUUAAUAAUUAUGGGUGAUGAGUUUUUAAUUCUUAAAAUUAUGUACAUGUAUUAGGUUUAUCUUAACUCUUACCCAAGCAAAAGGGAAGGUAUACACCUAAGGGAUGUAAUUAUUUUGCAUUUUUGGCCUUGGGUGGGAAUAGGGUGGGCAACUACUUAAAACAGUUUUUAAAAAAGAAAAAAAAAUCACAAAUAUUUUUCUACUAUUAUACCUGAUCUUACUUUAUACUAGUUUCUCUCUAGUAAGGCAUGCUGGAAGCCCAAGGUACCAUAUCAUGAGUUCCUAUGUAUUGUACCUUUUAUUGGUGGUUAAAUCACAUCAGAUGCUUGGCACUGCUGCCAUAAUUAUGAAAUGCUUGUAAAGGAUUAAUUAUCACUGAAUACUUUAAAUUGUUUUACUUAAGAGUUUAAUCUGGGAAGUUUUCAAAUCAUACUAUUAAUGCGUAAUCUAAGGUCUUUCAGAUGUAUCCAUGAAUAAUCCUGGAACAAUAUUGCUUGUAUUCCUGUCACAGAACAGGUUUUGUAAUCUUUAAAAGAAAUGAAAAUUUAUAUAAUAAAGUUUCAAAUAAAUGCAUGUAUGUCAUUUA